AUGAGCUUCAACAACAAAGAAAUCUUGAUAAGCUAUUCGGAUCAAUAUAGAGAUGAUUAUUAUAAUUACAUGAUCGUUUAUCUCGAUCAAAAAAUAUCUUAAAAGAUUCCAAUAGAUAAGAGAGGUAUAUAUAAGUCUAAAUUUUAAAGGGUUUUUGCUAAGAGAACCAGAAUGGAGAGAAUUAGGAAUCAAAUUAUUCAAAGGGUGGUUGAAUUAUGAUGUGCAUUAUCCAGACCCCUAUAUUCUAUUUUUUAGGAAGAAAGUAGACCCAAGGAUUUAGGAGAGGAAAAAUUAAUAAACACAAUGA